AUGCUCACACCAGUUAAAUGGUAUCAAAUUGGUCAGAUUAAAAUUUGGACCAAGCAAAAGAAAACGGACUUUGUCAAAGAUGGUACAAAAUUCGACACUGUCUCGAUCACUGCAAAAAAUACGGCGCUGUUUUCUGUUCCCCUAUCCGUCGACCAGAUGAUACGAAAUGCAACUAUUACUGCACUACUUAUUGGGACGACGUCAAACGCGAUCCCAAUAUGA